AUGGCGCGGCCGGAGGGGCCCCCGACGCUGCCCGAGCCCCUGCGGCGGCGGCUCGUCUCCUUCAGCAGCUCCGUGUUCAGCGACAGCCACCGCGCCGCGCUCAGCGACCUCCCCCGAGCUCCGCCGGGCUUCCCGGGCUACCGCGCAGAUUGUGAAAUCCUUUCCAGUUUGCCACUGCAGAUGUCCCUCUAUUUCAAUGUUUAUUUCUUCCCGUUUUGGUGGCUCAUCACAGUUGCCAUCCUCUACCUGAAGUAUCCAGUCUUAUCAGAUUAUUACAAGUUCAUCCUGGUCACCAUCAUGAUCCUGGUCUCUCUGACAGAGCUCAUUAGACUCUACCUGGGAUAUGUGGGCAAUCUCCUGGAGAAAGUGCCUGAGCUGGCUGGGUUUUGGCUCCUGACCCUCCUCCCACAGUUGCCUAUAAUCCUCUUCUUGCUAUUUAAUGAAGGUCUGAAAAUCCACUCUCUGGAGCGAGCUGUCCACAUCAUCUUUGCCGCCUUCCUCUCCUUCCAAGUGGUCACGGCCUUUUUCGCCCUGAAAAGGAUGGUGAACACUCUGGCCACUCGCUUCCGCCUGACCGAGUUCCACCGCCUGGAGGAGCAGCACCCCGGGCCUGGCCUUUCCAGCCUGGCCACAGGCAGCGGCUCCCGGGCCUGGUAGGGCUCCAGUGCUACCCAAAAUCAUGCCCCAGGGGCCUCAGGAGGUACCACAGCCCGAGGUUGCCAUGGUUCUGUUUCCAUUUUGUUGGGUCAUUCUUUGCCUUCUUGCCUCAGAGGUAUUAAAAAAUUAGAUCUUGCUCAAGAGCCAACAUUAAACCUCCGAGGCUGGAACUCCUUUCUGCAAGGAAAAUCAAAGCCAAGUGCAUAACUGACUUGAGUGGACUGUUUGUGGUCUGAGUCAAUUUGGAGAGUUUUACAUGCUGUAAA